AUCACUGCACAGUGGUUGACCAAGCUUUUGAUAAAAGAGUAAAAAUCAGAUAUUAUAUAGCCUAUAUCUUGCAGAUUUGGGGCAUUAUUAAGACUUUAAAAAGCUUUGCAUGUAUAACAGGUGGAUAUAUAUGUCAAAGUGUGACAAAGUGAGCAGUAAGUACCAGCUCCUCAUAUUAGCCACUCCUGUUGAUAAGAGGGCCCCACCUGUCCCAGCCCCAGUAGGAGGCCCCGCCCUGUGAAAGUCCUGCUCUCAGGCCAGGAGGCAUAGACCAGGCAGGCAGCUGAAAUGUGGCCCGACAGGUCUGAUGGGAAUGCAGAGACACACACACACACACACACACAGAGAGAGAGACAGAUAGAGAGAGAGAGAGAGAGAGGCAGGGAGGGAGGUUGCUGAGUGACUGACAAGCCUGUCAACCAGGUGCAGUUAGGAGCAGUCUGGCUGGAAUUAAGACAAUGACACAGUUGUGUUUGUGUUGCUGAGUGUGGAAGUGGACUGCACCUGAUCAUUUCACUGGCAGAGAGGGAAGUUCAGGAUCCUGUGGACUUCCACCACCACCACCACUAGGACCACCAGUACCACCAGUCUUGACAGAGUGGAAUUUCCCUCCUCUUCCCAGGCUGCAUCAGCCGGGGGCAGAUGGUCGCUGUGAGAGUCUGAGCAGAACUCAGGAAGGAGCAGAGAGAGGAAGGGUGGGAGGAGGUCCGGAGAGGGAGAGGAAGAGAGACAAGGAGUGGACAGAAGAAGAGACAUGCUUCGCUACGGGUCAGGACGAACUGUUUCCACCACCACCACAACAACAGUGGACUCUCCAGACUCUUCAAGUGAGAGGAGGAUCAGACGCCUCAGGUUGACUCUACAUGCGGGAGAUCAUGGAAACAAAGAGCCAAAAAGCACCAACUCAGACACAUCUGAGAGAGAGAAGGACGUCAGUGGGACGUGGAAGAAGAAGAAUGGGCUGAUCCUGAGAGAGAGGCCAGCUGGCAGGGAGUCACCUCAGCAGCACCUCAGAGACACGACCAAUGGGGCGCCAGAGACCUCGCAGCAGAAUCAUGGGCCCAAAGUGUACGGCGUAGUGCAGAGGACGGGUUCGGACAGGCAGCAGGAGGUGAUGGCGCGCGAGUGGACGGUCAAUCACCUUCAGGAUGAGAUGAAGUACAUCAGGGAGGUGAGAGACUCUUUGGAGAAGGUGAGAGAGCGGAUGUACGGGCAGUUCGGUGGAAUGCAGCAAUCAAUGCAGAAGCUUUCACAUGAAAUCAGGUCUGCCAAUUCACACCGGAGGAGUCUGGAGUCAGAGGUGAAGGUGCGGACGGCGGCCAUGGAAAGCUUCGAUCAGAUGAACAGCUCCCUUAUAUCUUCCAACAUUGGCCUGCAGCUUCCUUUGCAGAAAUCCCUGCUGGAGAACUGUCAGAAACGAGUGGACACGAGAGACGAGGUGAAGAGUUUGCGGAGCACCUGUGAGAAAACACAAGAGAAACUCAGAGACAAGGAGAUGGAGCUGGCAGCCGCGCAGGUUGAAAACCAGACUCUGAGACUUCAGGUGGAGUCUGCACGGGAGGCCAACACUCAGGCGGUGCAGGAGCUCUCAGCAAAGCUGCAGAAGGAGUACGACGAGAAGCUGCAGGAGGAACAACGGAAACACAGGGAGGAGAUUGAAAAGCUACAGGCCCAACUCGAUGAGUACAUCAGGCGACUGGAGGAAGCAGAGAGUAACAUCAGGAUCGCAGAGGCCAAGAUUGCUGAGAGGGACCAGAGGAUCAUUGAAUUGGAGCGUCUACUGAACUGUAUGGAAAAGGAAAAGAGUCAACUCCACAAGAAGCUGCAGGAAUGUGAACAGCGUCUCCGCUUGAUGGAGCUGACAGACAGAACGGAUGGAAAUGUGGCCAAAAGGUCCAAAGAGCUGCAAUCUGAAUCUGUGGAUCUCCGUGAGAGAAUCAAACACUUGAACGACAUGGUGUUCUGCCAGCAGAGAAAAGUCAAAGGAAUGAUUGAGGAGGUUGGAUCACUGCGAGCUCAAGUGGCUCAGAAGGACAUGUUCAUCUCGGAGCUUCUGGACAGAAUUGCGAUAGUGGAGUGUGAGAAUAAUGAAUUAGAAGACAACCUGAAGUAUUUUAUGUCCACACAGAAUAGGCCGCGAGAGGUUUUGGAAACUAGGGAGAUAGGAGUAGGCUGCGAUCUGCUCCCCAGACGUGAAGCAAAAAGGCAUGAUGUUGAACCAACUCAUCUCCAUCCCAUACAUCACCCACCACCUGUUCAAGCUCCACCACCAAUGAAACCUCCAUCAACCACUCUACCUCCAUUCCCAACACAACCUUUAUUCCCGACACAACCCCCAUUCCCAACACAACCUCUGUCCCCCACACAACCUACAUCACCGACACAACCUCCAUUCCUAACACAACCUUUAUCCCCAACACAACCUUCAUUCCCAACACAACCUACAUCCCCGACACAACCUUCAUUCCCAACACAACCUCCAUUCCCAACACAACCUACAUCCCCGACACAACCUUCAUUCCCAACACAACCUCCAUUCCCAACACAACCGAAAUCCCCGACAGAAUCUCCAUUCCCAACACAACCUACAUCCACAACACAACCUAUAUCACCCACUCAACCUUCAUCCUCCGUGCAACCUUCAUCCACUACAUCUCCCAGUCAACAUCCAUUCUACAGCCUAACAACGCCCACUAGACCAAGGACGUACACGUCUAGUAACCCUCCACCCAGCAGGUUGGAUUCCAGUUUACUGAGGUACACUCCUGUCCAGUACAGCCGCUUCCUGUCGUACAACCCUACAGUAGCGAGUGGGACGUUACCCUACGACCACACGUCUGAAUCUGAGCCUCCUGUGAAUCCAGUCCAGUCCGGGAGGGAUGAGGUGGACGCACAAACAAACAGAGGCAUAGGAUCAAUUCCCAAGGAAUCCACUUCUUCCCUGUCCUCUGCUCCACCAAGAUCAAGAGCACCUCAAGUUUUUACUCCGUUCAUGAAACUUAUGGAAACAACACCAAAGAUAAACACAGAGUGAUCCUGAAGUAAUAGUCUGACAUUUAGGGAAAUAAAUUGAUUCGCUUUCUCUCGUUAAAAGAGAAGAUGGAUACCACUCUAAUUUUUGAAUGCAACUAUGAAGCUACAGCCAGCAGCUGAUUAGCUUAGCUUAGCAUAAAGACUGAAAACAGGGAGAGCCUACAGGCUUUGCCCAACAGCAACAAACUGCCUACCAGAGCUGUCGUAUUUUUAUUCAAAAUUGUGUUCGAAUGUCGGAAGAAAUUAAAUAUUUUAACCACAAAAACUUGUACAAAUUCAAAAUUUACAGUCUAUAAGCACAGAGGUAGAGGGCGCUCUUGAAAUUCACUUGACCUAUUGUAUGCCCCAUUGACUUAUUGGUAAACUAAACUAAUAAAUGAAAUGGAGGACACUAGUGAGCAAAGCUGUGCUGACAACAAUGACGCAGCGUGUUGAAGUCUUUUGGGCUCUAAACCGUAAUUACCCAGAAAGAUAAGUGUGAUAAAUGCCGACAUUGUAAAGAGUAGCUGCCUACAAUGACAACAAAUGUGAGGACUCACCUACUCGCUGAAACCCAGGUGGCAGUGGAGGCACCAGAAAUGAGUGGAGCAACAUCUACCACAGAGUAGUGUUGUCACGACACUGGAAUUUCUAACUUCGAUGCCUUGAACAAUAUCGAUAUUUGAUACCAUUUUCGAUACCACGGGGAAAAAUUGACACACAUGAGGGCAUUACAUUUUAGAUUUUUAUUGAAAGAUGAAUAGGGGUGUGUGUGUCAACGCGCUGUCAGAGAGAAGAGAGAGCAGAAAGCGCAGCUGGUACUCAAAAAUUUGUAUUGAAACCGUUUCAAAUAUUCAGUAUCGAUAUGUAUCGAUACUUCGAUACUUUUGACAACACUACCACACAGCUUGCCAGAAGUUUGUGAAAAGGCCACCACCGAUAAGAUAGCAUUAUUUACAUACGAGUCCCAUUGGAAUUGUUUUGGGUCAAGGUUUUCAGGAUAAUGACAGAGCUGAAGUCUCACAAGACACAUAGUGGGGAUGUAUUACACUAUAUGAGUUGUGUUCGAAAUAAUUCAAACUAAUUACGUAUUAGUUCUAAUUCGCUCAAACCUGACUUUUUGAAAAAGUGUCAGUCCUACUUAAACUUUAUUACAAUCGUCAUAUACAUACAGGUACAUACAUGAAAUCUGACUUCUGCAUUUAACCCUUCCUAAGCAUUUAGGAUGCAUUGGGCUUAAGGUCACUUUGACAGGCUUGACAAUAGUAAUCGGGGAUCGAACCGCCAGCCUUGUGGUUACAGGACAACCCACUCAACCCACUGAGGUACCGCCGCCCACUACUUCCUACCAACUGAAGUGUAAAAUACCCCAAUUCACCAUGUUACGGGAGUUAUUGGAGCAACUGUGGAGAGUUGAGUCACUGAUCCCAGCUCCAGAACUCCCCCCAUCAAAUAGCAAAUUGACGUUCAGUUUUUGUACAAAUUACAAAACGAAGAGCUUAGGUACUGGUAGGCAAAUUUUGAUAGCUUUUGACAGAUCAGAAUAUGCAAGUAAUUCCCCUGUUUCCAGUCUUUAUGCCAAGCGAAACUAGCUGCAGUUAUGUUAGCAUAAAGCAAAGUUAAUCUGUAGCUUGUACCAUCAUGACUGUACAGUAACAUGUUGCUGCGGUUAAACUGCAGUUACCUUUUUAUCAUACAGUCAUUGGUAUUGAUCCUCUCUUCUAACUCUCUGGAAGAAAUCAAAUAAAUGUAAUUCCUAAAAUGUUGAACAAUUCCUUUAAAACUCAGUUGUCUCUGUUCUUAUUUUCACAACUAGUUAUGUUUUAAAAAUGAUCAUUUGUGACACAGGUGAAUAUUAGUCCUUUCUCUGUCACUUAUGUUGGAGACCAUGAUUCUGGUUGAUGAUGUAAAAAGUCUUAUGUAGGUUUUCAGCCUAUACGUAGCACUAUUAAUGAUAAUAACAUGUUGCUUGCUGUAUAGGGUGUAAAUAAUGUGAUGCUCUGUAAAAAUAUUUUGUAAGUAAUGUAUACUGAAGGAUUAUUUUGUUUACACUGAAUGUAGCCUACUUAUGUUGCUCACAGAGCUAUGAGCAUUCAGUCCUACAUGAAGGUUGAUACGGUUAUUGUGUGCAUAUUCCUAUCAUUUUAUAUUGGCUCUGUACAAAUUAAAUGAAUAUCAUUUUGUUAUUUUCACAUUAUGUACAAAAUAUUUAUUAACAUGCUUGGUGCCUUUUGAACAGCCUACUAUCUGAUACUGGUGGUGGGAAUGAAUCUCUUUAAAUUGGCAACAGGGUAAUAUAGUAAUAUAAUGUAAAGUAACUUUCUGUGCUAUUGAUAAGACUGUUCAAUCACUUUAAAGAUGUUAUUGACCUUACUGAGGUGACUGCCAUUCCUGAGCCACAGGCACAAGUAUUAUCCAGCUGUUAUCUGCACUGCCACAACUGUGUUUGGAAAAAGCUUUAUGAUGUGCCUUUUCCUUAACGAUACAUAUCAUAAAUGUGACUAAUGAUAAGAGGCCAGCGUAAGUUUGGAUAAUAAAGACUUUACUGUAUACGUA